AGUAUAUCAAAAAAGUCAAUUAAGCCCUCCAACUAAAUAAACAUUCAAUUAAGUCCAUCAAUAAGGUAGAUUCUACGGUACCCCAAAUGUACCGUACCUUUGUCCAAAUGGACCAAUAAGAAUGAUGCAGUUGAAUUAUUUAAAUCUAAAUUAAAAAGCAUAUAAUGAUUUGGACCAAUCAAAUGCAUGGUAGGUACGGUACCCCAUUUUUUAAAUGGGUACCGGAGUUGUCACAUUUUUUCUUUUCUUUUCCGUCUCUUUCUUCUGGCCCACCUCUUCCCUUCUCCCUCUACGUACUUUCGUUCUCCCGACUUCUUCCCGAUGCAUCCAUCCAGACCUUCUUCUCCCUUCUUUCUUAUUCCGCCCCAAACUGCCGUCAUUUCUAUUCUUCUUCCGAUCGAGCAACAUGGAUGAUAAAGGGAAUGUAAAACCGGAGAUGGCGAAGAGGGAAGUUUGGGCGGCAUCAUGGCGGGGUUCUUCAGCUUCCUCCGGCAACGUUGUUGCCGGCUUUCAUCUCCAGCACAGUUGGUGACUACGUGAUAUCUUUCUCGACUGUAAAGCUUGGAGCACUUUCUCUCCAUGAGUUGACCCAAUUUUGAGCUUCAUUGGCUCCGGCGGCGGAUAAGAAGUUCUCCGACGACCGAAAUUAGAAGAAGAGAGAAGGGACAUGGGAGAGUGGAGCGGGCUGAAGAAGAGAAGAUAAAAUGAGGGGGGAGGGGGGGGGGCGAACUGAAGAAGAAGGGGGGAAGGUGGGGCGGGGUGGGCUGAAGAAGAUGAAGAAAGAUUAAAGAGGACGUGGAUGGGUGAGUUUGGCUGAAGAAGAAAGAAGGGGAGUGAGUUUGUUGUGGUGAAGAAGAAAGAACCAGGGAAAAAGGAAAGGAAGAAUGAAAAAAAGAAAAAAAACGUAAAAACGUAAAAAAAAAAUGCUAGCUGGACUGACAUAUAAGCAAGGUCACCUGCUAACCUAAAACCAACCGGCUAGAUUACAAAUUUGAUCAUUUUUGUAUAGUUCCUGGACUUAAUUGGGUGUUUAUUUAGUUGGAGGGCUUAAUUGACUUUUCAGUAUACUUCGAGUGCCUAUUUAACUGUUUUCCCUUUAUUUUAUAUUGGUGAGUGAACAAGUCUUCACAAUGUGUCUAAUAGCCCAUCUUACAUUUAUCCACUUUUUAGCAAA